ACGCCGGGUGUGCGAGAGCAUCCGGGGACGCCGGACGGGAGGGGACGGGGAAGACCUAGCCUAGGUUGUGUGGAUUUGGACCUCCGCAUUUCUAACCCAAGAUCUCGAAAUGCAUCGUGAUUCCUGUCCAUUGGACUGUAAAGUUUAUGUAGGUAAUCUUGGAAACAAUGGUAACAAGACUGAGUUGGAACGAGCUUUUGGCUAUUAUGGACCACUCCGAAGUGUGUGGGUUGCUAGAAACCCUCCCGGCUUUGCUUUUGUUGAAUUUGAAGAUCCCCGAGACGCAGCUGAUGCUGUCCGAGAGCUAGAUGGGAGAACACUCUGUGGCUGCCGAGUAAGAGUGGAACUAUCGAAUGGUGAAAAGAGAAGUCGUAAUCGUGGCCCACCUCCUUCUUGGGGUCGUCGCCCUCGAGAUGAUUAUCGGAGGAGGAGUCCUCCACCUCGACGCAGAUCUCCAAGACGGAGAAGCUUCUCCCGCAGCCGGAGCAGGUCCCUUUCUAGAGAUAGGAGAAGAGAGAGAUCACUGUCCCGGGAGAGAAAUCACAAGCCGUCCCGAUCUUUCUCUAGGUCUCGUAGCCGAUCUAGGUCAAAUGAAAGGAAAUAGAAGACCAGUUUGCAAGAGGAGUGGUGUACAGGAAAUAACUUCAUUUGACAGGAGUAUGUACAGAAAAUUCAAGUUUUGUUUGAGACUUCAUAAGCUUGGUGCAUUUUUAAAAUGUUUUAGCUGUUCACAUUUGUUUGUCUGUUGGAACAGUGACACAAAGGUAAUUCUCCUAUGGUUUGAAAUGGAUCAUAUGAGGCAUGUAAUAUCAAGAAUUGUUACUUUACAAUGUUCCCUUAAGCAAAAUUUAAUUUGCUUUGAAUUUUAGUCUUGCAUAGGCUGAAAAUAAACCUCUUAACUCCUGCCCAGCUAAAAUCGAUGUUUAACAUUAUGGAAAUAAAAACUGGCAAAAAUUGAAAGGUUUUUUUUUCAACAUAGCUGGGAUAUGGUAUGCAGCUGUAGUUAAGCAGUUUUUAAAAGCUGCUGUGAACUCAAAAGCCAGCUGGAAAAAUUAAAGCUGCACCCUUAAACUAGAUUAGAGGUUUAAAAAUCCCACUAGUCUUCACAUUGGACAAAAGGUUGUCCAGUUGGUGUAGAAUCUAAGAAGUUUCAAGGAAGUUAGUUUACCUUUGCUUUAGGUUGUAAGUUCCUUCUGUGAUUGCUGUAUAUGAAUACAUAGCUCUUUGUAACGUUCUUUAUUUGGAAAUACGAGACUACUCAAGAUAACAAAUGUCCUGCCAGUUUAAGGGUACAUUGUAGAGCUGAACUGAGUUGUGCAAGAUUCUUUUUUCAUGCUGUCAUUUGUAAUAUGUUUUGUGAAAAUCCUUGGGAUUAAAGUUUUGGUUACAAAUUGUUGUUUAACCUGAAAGCCUGUUUUUCCUUGCAAAACUAAAAUCUGAGCUUGGUACCAAGUCCAGGUGUAACAUUCCUAUUGGAAGCCAUACUUAUAUUUUCUUGUAAAGUGCUUUUGAAAAUAAAAUAUAAGCAUAAUUGUAAUAGUUGAACCCACUAUUACCAUAGUUCUUGUCCCACAGAAAGCAGUUGGUUACACAAAUCUUAUUUUUUAAGAAAUACAUUCGAGGCUUUUGAAGUGGAGGGACUUACUGGUUGUUCAUCUAAGUGAUACGUUUUUAGGAGCAGAAGCCAGUUUAAAGUCCAUGAUACUCAGUGACCAACGUUUUGAAGUAUAGCCACCUGAUACAUUAUAAUCCAAAGUUGCCAGUAAAAAAAAAGCUUUUAAUCACUAGCAUGAAAACGUUCCACAGAGCUUUAAAAAUUGCUUCCAUUUUAUAUAAUUUGAGGUGUUGCAUGGGAAUUCUAAAUUGAUCCAUCAUUAUGUGAAAUUCACUACAUGGUUCAAAUGUAACAGUGCAGAAUUGAAAUAUGGAGGCAUGCGUAAUCUUCCUCUUAGAUAUCUAGAGGAGUUGUAAU